UCCCCGGUGGCUCUGCCCGUCGUUGUCUCUGACGGCUUCAAUGUUUAAACGUCUAUUUAAACGGUUUUCAGUUAACGGAGUCAGUGGCCGCUCGUGUCGGCAAAUCGUUCCUCGUCUGUUGAACCACUGAAGGAUAAGCUGGCCGGGGUUUUGACUGUGUACUUGUCAAAGCUAGAGGAACUGAACGCCAAUACGAGGCCCUCACUCCAUCCCCGGAUUCACCUGCUACGCGGAGAGCCUCACACGGAAGACCGACAUGGGGGACACGGGGAGCGAGGGCAGCAAACCUCCGAGUAACGUUAACGUUAUACCUCCUCGCUGCCCCUGUGGCUUCUGGGGGUCGAGCAAAACUAUGAAUCUCUGCUCGAAAUGUUUUGCAGACAUUCAGAAGAAACAGCCAGAUGAAGAUUGUGCCCCAAAGGCCUCCUCAAGCUCCAGCAGCAGCCAAGCAGACAUCUUCUGUAACGAACCAAACAGCAGCAUUAGUCAGUCGCUGAUGUCGCUGCCUAACACAUCAGGCAACUCUUCACCAGGAGAGACAGGAGCGCCAUCUCUACCUGCUCAGGAUGAGGUAUCCAGCACAGAAACAGUCUUCAGUUCACUCUCCACUCCCACAAAACGCUCCUUUGAGUCAGCCUCUGAGUCAGAAAGCGAUGUUUCACCCGAAAAGCGAGCGAGAGUGGGUGAGGUGCCAGAGGGUGAGGAGUCUUCAUCGUCAUCUUUGUCUGCAUCAUCAUCAUCCUCGUCGCGCAGUAGCUCAAAACAGCGGAGCCGCAAACGCUGCCAUCGCUGCCAAACCAAACUGGAGCUGGUUCAGCAAGAGCUGGGCUCCUGUCGCUGUGGUUAUGUCUUCUGUAUGCUCCAUCGGCUCCCAGAGCAGCACGAGUGUCUCUUUGACCACCUGGGCCGUGGUCGUCAGGAGGCGGUCCUAAAGAUGGUCAAGCUCGACCGUAAGGUGGGCCGUUCAUGUCAGCGCAUCGGAGAAGAGUGCUCCUGAGCAGGGCACGCCUUCAGCAGAAUCUCGGUGUUCAGACUGUGUCUUAGCACCAACAGGGAUUUGAUUUUUUUCUUCUCAUUUUGGUUUUUCAAGACUUUUGCAGUUUUUUGGAUACAAACCACCCCUUUUCUUUUAAAUUAUGCUCGCUCUUUUUAAAUCUCACUAUUACCCAUAUCCCAUUUGUUUUCUGGCUCUGUUCAUCUUAUCCCUGCUGCUAAGAUGCUUUUUGGAAAAUCCAAACCCAGGAAUUACAGAACAAUAAAGAGCAAAGGAAAUACACAUUUUCUUCACAUUUUUUGAAAGCUCCUGACUACACAAGUGUGAGCAGAGAAAGAAUGAAUAAAAGGAUGACAAGAAGAAAUAAAAUGCUUUAUACAAAUGUUUGUCCUGGAAGCCAGUUUAAGACUAUACUCUUUACCUCAGAAAAAAACAAAGAAAAAAAGAAAGAAUGACAAGAUGGAAGAGAAAAGGAUGGUUACUUUUUCCGUACACUUAUGCUUUGGCGCUGUUUAUAGACUGUGCUCUUUACCUCAAAAUCAGACAGAGCUGCUUUGUACUCUGCGCCAAGCAUGGACUUUGUGAAGCAAACGGAGCAAGCCAGCCUCAGUUUAAGUCAUUGUCUUACCCCCCGGCCGUCCGCUACUCCUAAUCCUAAACUUUUAGAAACACCUGUUAAUCACCCACCUCAGGUUAUCAGGACAUCAAACCCCGAUCUUCACUGCUCCCCUUGCCAACUUGCAUCCUUCUCUUUUCAUCUAAAGGACACAUUUUUACUCCUUUGUAUUAUUCUAAAGGUGUUUCUUCUCUGUUAAGGAGGCUGUUGUAAUGGAACUGGGGUGAUACUGUAAGUCUAAAUUCAGAACUUGCAGUGUGAGCCGGACUCAAACACACUAUGCUGGUGGCAGCUGCAGCUGGUUGUCCUUGGAUCGCUAUGUUGGGAUGUGAGUGAUCAAGACUUAAAAUUGUCAGAUUUCCCCUGUCUUCCUCUUUUUGUCUCAGUCUUCAUCUGCCCUACAGCCCUACCGUAUGACAACAUGUCCUCUCCACAUGUUUUGUCUUUCAGCAACAUGUGGAUUAUGUGUGCUGGUGUACAAACUCCUGGAAGACAGCAUUUACAGGGACAUGACGUACAUUAAAGUGUGCAUAUGGUUCAUGACUCGGCCUGAAAUGUCUGCACUGUACACAAAUCUCUAUACUUUUAUAAAUGCACACACACUCUUUUGUGUUGUUCUAUGCGCUUAGCUUGAGCACACACGGGCAAGAUUGAUCAUUGCAUUACAAUUUGAGUUUGACUGAAGCUGAGAUGGCAGAAGAGUGUCACUCAGUUUUCUGUUUGAGAUUGGUGACCGUUGUUACAGUUCAGGAUUUUGUCUUAGGCCUUCAUUUCAAUUAUCCACAUUUUAUAGGUAAUUUGAUACAAGACGUCUUUGGUUUUCAGUACUUUAACGGUCAUCCUUCCUUUAAUGCCCCAUGUUUCCAUUUCCAGCUAGCAUGAUGAGCUCACACAUUCUCCUCCUCCUGUCUUUCACUUUCCUUUUCUCAUCUUUCCCCUUAUUGAUUGCUCUAUUUUUCCUUAUUUCACCCUCUCUGUCUCCCCCUCCCUUCGCUCUUGCUGUAGAGGAGAGAGGUUGCAGGCGGGGUGAGCAGAGUGCUGAAAGUUAAAAUCAGCAAAUAAUUACUUUCCAAACAUUUUCCUGGUGGACUAUGGAAGGAAUGAACAGAAAAUGCAUAACGAAUGAAUAUUCUGUAUCUUAAAGAAAACCUCAUUUAACCCCUUUUUUCUUUCCACUUACACUUUAGUGUAGAGCUGCUUUUUUUGUUGUAAUGUGGUUAUAAAACGGGAAAAUGAAUGUGGAAAAUUCUAUAUUUUUGUUUCCAUGGCUUUACUUUAUGCUUCACCUUUCUGACUUUUUCUUUUACUGAGAAAGAAUAAACCUGAUUAGACAAAGUG